AUGUACGAAGGUGACGACGAUAGCCUUUCCGUCAAUGAGAUUCGAGUUAUCGUAUCACUCAUGAUUGUCCGACUGAUCAACAACUCAUUUCGAGACGAAAAUAUCGCUCCUAUACAAGCAUUUUCGUUCAUGCGCAACAGGCAGGGAAGAAUACUACAGGCCCAUAUGAAAGACAACGGUCUGGUGAUCCGAAGGAGUAAACUUUUUGCAUUCAGUGGCGGACACGACGCUCCCUUCAAUCUGUUUCUUCGACACAUGGUUGGUAACCUGCAGGGAUCAACCAGGAUUUUGGAUAUUCUACAGAUCAAGUGUGACUUUUCGGGGGCUCGUAUUGAUAUGAGGAUUAAUGAAUCCGCGGUUUUUGCUGAAGACUAA